AUGCAUGAAGGCUCUUGGAUCCUUGGUUUCAACAAGGCGAUCGGCAAUUCUAAACCCCUUCUAGCAGGGCUCUGGGCAAUUUUCAUCGGACUCCAAGUAGCUUGGAAUCAUGGCUUCGAGCUCCUGAUGGUUCAAACGGACUCCCUAGAAGCUGCCAAACUCAUUAACAAUCAUGAUGCGGCCUCCAGCUCCAUCCCUCUGGUUCGUGCAAUUGUUAAGCUUCGGCAGCGUGCUUGGGCAACGACUCUCCACUGGAUUCCUUGGCAAGAUAACUCCUCGGCUGAUGCCAUUGCUAAGCUCUCAAGCCCUCUCGCUUAUGAUCUAAGAUUCUUUGAAGACCCCCCCCCCUUCUGCCAUCUCAUGUUUACUGGAAAAUGA